UGCGGCUCGCGCCGGGCGUGCGGGGCGCGCUGCCUGGGGCCGGGCAGCCCCGAGCGGAUCCACUCGCCCCGCUUUUUCCGGAGAGAUCUCUUUGGGGAGCUGACGCUCGAGCCUUCGCGACCCACUCAGAUUCCUCUUGGUCUCCGAGUAGCGCUAGGAGGAGGAGGGGGACGCUUUCUGCAGUUGGCCUCGUUAGCUGCCAAGAGGACCCGUCUUCUUUGUUUUUGAAGUCUCGAGAAAUGGACGAAGACGGUGAAGUCAGUUGAAGUCCGAAGAAAUCAUCAGGGCGUUUUGAAGGGGCUUCAUAAAAACGUUCCAUUCCCAGGCACAUUACCUGUUUCACCAGCCCUGCACCUCCUCGGACACUGGUGUGGAAUUCUUCUCUUUUUGGUGUGUGGUGGCAUUCCGCCCCCCAAUGUGGACUCCAAAGGGUUGGUCCCUUCUAUGUAAUUUGAAAUGAAAUGAUGGCCACACGUCGGACUGGUCUACCGGAGGGAGAUGGUGACAAGCUCAAGGCCUGCGGGUCCCCCACCUGUGAGGUAUCAAAAAGUAAAGAUGGAAAAGAACAAAGCGAAACUGUAUCACCGUCCGAAGAUGAAACAUUCUCCUGGCCAGGUCCCAAAACAGUCAUGUUGAAAAGAACAUCUCAAGGCUUUGGUUUUACAUUAAGGCAUUUUAUUGUGUAUCCCCCAGAGUCUGCAAUUCAAUUUUCAUAUAAGGAUGAAGAAAAUGGCAACAGAGGAGGAAAACAAAGAAAUCGCUUGGAACCAAUGGAUACCAUAUUUGUUAAACAGGUUAAAGAAGGAGGACCUGCCUUUGAAGCUGGAUUAUGCACAGGUGAUCGAAUUAUAAAAGUCAAUGGAGAAAGUGUGAUUGGAAAGACCUAUUCCCAAGUAAUUGCUUUAAUUCAGAACAGUGAUACAACAUUAGAACUUAGUGUUAUGCCAAAAGAUGAAGACAUUCUCCAAGUGCUACAGUUUACAAAGGAUGUCACAGCUCUGGCGUAUUCUCAAGAUGCCUACCUGAAAGGCAAUGAAGCCUACAGUGGCAAUGCCCACAAUAUCCCCGAACCUCCACCGAUUUGCUACCCCUGGCUGCCAUCUGCCCCCUCAGCCAUGGCACAGCCAGUGGAAGUAUCUCCUCCAGAUCCAUCAUUGAGCAAACAGCAAACCAGUACCCCAGUCCUGACGCAACCCGGCAGGGCCUACAGAAUGGAAAUACAAGUGCCUCCGUCUCCCACAGAUGUUGCAAAGUCGAACACAGCAGUGUGUGUUUGCAAUGAAAGUGUAAGGACUGUCAUUGUACCUUCUGAGAAGGUUGUAGAUUUGUUAACUAAUAGAAACAACCAUACAGUUCCUGCACAUAGAACCGAAGAGGUGAGGUAUGGCAUGAACGAGCAGACCUCGCUGAAAACAGUGUCCAGAACCACUUCCCCACCGUCGAUUCCCACCGCCCAUCUCCUUCAUCAGACUGCAGGCUCCAGAUCAUUGGAACCUUCGGGAAUUUUACUUAAAUCUGGCAAUUACAGUGGACAUUCGGAGGGAAUCUCCAGCAGUAGACCUCAGGCUGUGGAUUCGCCUUCCGUGUCUGUUAAUCACUAUUCUCCGAAUUCCCAUCAGCACAUAGACUGGAAAAACUAUAAAACUUACAAAGAGUAUAUUGAUAACAGACGAUUGCACAUAGGUUGUCGGACAAUUCAAGAAAGACUAGAUAGUUUAAGAGCAGCAUCUCAGAGCACAACAGAUUAUAACCAGGUGGUACCAAACCGCACUGCUUUGCAGGUACGACGUCGAAGCACCUCCCACGAUCGAGUGCCCCAGUCUGUUCAGAUCCGGCAGCGCAGUGUGUCCCAGGAGAGGCUGGAGGACUCUGUGUUAGUGACGUAUUGUCCACGAAGUGCAUCUCAAGGAGCCCUGACCUCUCCAUCUGUUAGUUUUAGCAAUCACAGAACUCGUUCCUGGGAUUAUAUCGAGGGACAGGGUGAAACCUUAGAAAAUGUCAAUUCGGAGAGUCAAAUGCCCGAUUCAAAUGGAGAACGGAAGCAGACCUACAAGUGGAGUGGAUUUACUGAACAAGAUGAUAGACGAGGGAUUUAUGAAAGACCCAGGCAGCAAGAAAUUCACAAGCCUUUUCGAGGUUCAAAUUUUACCGUGGCUGCAAGCGUUGUGAAUUCCGAUAACAGGCGAAUGCCCGGCAGGGGAGUGGGAUCUGUGUCUCAGUUUAAAAAAGUGCCACCAGAUCUAAAACCACUGCAGUCCAACAGAAACUUUCCAACCACUUGUGGAAUGUCACUGCCUCGAGGCGUUUCGCAAGACAGGUCACCUCUUGUGAAAGUCCGAAGUAAUUCUCUGAAAGCGCCUUCUACGCAUGUCACAAAACCAUCAUUUAGCCAGAACUCAUUUGUUUCUGUCAAAGACCAAAGACCAGUAAAUCACUUGCAUCAAAACAGUCUGUUGAAUCAGCAGACAUGGCUGAGAACCGAAAGUGCCCCUGAUCACCAGGUGGAGCCCAGGAAACCCCCCUCUCUAUCUGGAGCUCCCGUCGCGCCUGCCCCUCAGACCACUGAGAACUCGGGCGCCUUGGAUUUAGAAUUAUCCGUCACUCAGAGAAUUCAGGACUUAAAUCUCCGAGAGGCUGACAUUCAGGAGUCAGAUACUUUAGAUAAUAGAGAAGCUGUCGUGCUCAGAGAGAAACCUCCAUCCGGUCGCCAGACGCCACAGCCUUUAAGGCAUCAGUCUUACAUCCUGGCGGUGAAUGACCAGGACACAGGGUCGGACACCACCUGUUGGCUGCCCAACGACGCGCGCCGCGAGGUCCAUAUAAAGCGGAUGGAGGAGAGGAAGGCCUCGAGUACCAGCCCACCGGGGGAUUCCUUGGCAUCCAUCCCGUUCAUAGAUGAACCAACGAGCCCCAGCAUUGAUCAUGACCUUGCACACAUCCCCGCUUCUGCUGUCAUCUCAGCCUCCACCCCGCAGGCACCCCAGGCACCCCCCAUAGCAAUGGUCCCACCCAGCCUCACCACGUCGGCUCCUUUAAUUCGCCGCCAGCUCUCCCAUGACCAGGAAUCUGUCGGACCUCCCAGCCUGGAUGCCCAGCCCAGCUCAAAGACCGAAAGAUCAAAAUCCUAUGAUGAGGGCCUGGAUGAUUACAGAGAAGAUGCAAAAUUGUCCUUCAAGCACGUCUCUAGCCUGAAAGGAAUCAAGAUGGUAGACAGCCAGAAGUCAUCAGAAGACUCUGGAUCCAGGAAAGAUUCUUCCUCAGAGGUUUUCAGCGAUGCUGCCAAGGAAGGGUGGCUCCACUUCCGACCACUUGUCACCGACAAGGGCAAGCGAGUUGGUGGAAGUAUUCGGCCGUGGAAACAGAUGUAUGUUGUGCUUCGGGGACAUUCGCUUUACUUGUACAAAGACAAAAGAGAGCAGACGACGCCAUCCGAAGAAGAGCAGCCCAUCAGCGUCAACGCCUGCUUAAUAGACAUCUCUUACAGCGAGACCAAGAGGAAGAAUGUGUUUCGGCUUACCACUCCAGACUGCGAGUGCCUGUUUCAGGCCGAGGAUAGAGACGACAUGCUAGCGUGGAUCAAGACCAUCCAGGAGAGCAGCACGCUCAACGAGGAGGACACUGGAGUGACUAACAGGGAUCUAAUCAGCCGAAGAAUCAAAGAAUAUAACAGUCUGAUGAGCAAAGCAGAACAGUUGCCAAAAACACCUCGCCAGAGUCUGAGCAUUCGGCAGACUCUGCUUGGUGCUAAGUCAGAGCCAAAGACCCAAAGUCCGCACUCUCCCAAGGAAGAGUCAGAAAGGAAACUUCUCAGUAAAGAUGAUACCAGUCCCCCAAAAGACAAAGGCACAUGGAGAAAAGGCAUUCCAAGUAUUAUGAGAAAGACAUUUGAAAAAAAGCCCACUGCUACUGGAACAUUUGGUGUCAGAUUGGAUGACUGCCCACCAGCGCAUACCAAUCGGUAUAUUCCAUUAAUAGUUGACAUAUGUUGCAAAUUAGUUGAAGAAAGAGGUCUUGAGUAUACAGGUAUUUAUAGAGUCCCUGGAAAUAACGCAGCCAUUUCAAGUAUGCAAGAAGAACUCAACAAGGGGAUGGCUGACAUUGACAUACAAGAUGAUAAAUGGCGAGAUUUGAAUGUGAUAAGCAGUUUAUUAAAAUCCUUCUUCAGAAAACUCCCUGAGCCUCUCUUCACAAAUGAUAAAUAUGCUGAUUUUAUUGAGGCCAAUCGUAAAGAAGAUCCUCUAGACCGUCUGAAAACGUUAAAAAGACUAAUUCACGACUUGCCCGAACAUCAUUAUGAAACUCUGAAGUUCCUUUCCGCUCAUCUGAAAACAGUGGCAGAAAAUUCAGAAAAAAAUAAGAUGGAACCAAGAAACCUAGCGAUAGUUUUUGGUCCAACUCUUGUGAGAACAUCCGAAGACAACAUGACCCACAUGGUCACUCACAUGCCAGACCAGUACAAGAUCGUAGAAACACUCAUCCAGCACCAUGACUGGUUUUUCACAGAAGAAGGUGUGGAAGAACCUCUUACAACAGUGCAGGAGGAAAACACAGUAGACUCCCAGCCAGUGCCCAACAUAGAUCAUUUACUCACCAACAUUGGAAGGACAGGAGUCUCCCCGGGAGAUGUAUCAGAUUCAGCUACUAGUGACUCAACAAAAUCUAAGGGUUCUUGGGGAUCUGGCAAAGAUCAGUAUAGCAGGGAGCUGCUGGUGUCCUCCAUCUUCGCAGCCGCCAGUCGCAAGAGGAAAAAGCCCAAAGAAAAGGCCCAACCCAGCAGCUCAGAAGACGAACUGGACAAUGUAUUUUUUAAGAAAGAUAACACAGAACAGAGUCACAAUGACAUUAAAGAAGAAUCCAAAAAAGAGAGUGAGACAUUGUGCAGAAAACAAAGGAUCGCCAUUUCCAAAGAAAACACGGCUAAGAAGGACCCCGGGGCCCCAAAAGACGAAAAGACGCCGCCCCGAAAGCAGAGCGCCGCGUCGGAGGAGCCCUCCCCGCCGCACAGCGCCAAACCCCCGAAGUCGCCGGCGCCGAGCUGCCGCUUCCCGGGGCCGAGAGAGAGCCCCCGGCCGCCCGGCGCCCCCAGGUCCUGCCACUUGGAAGAGCCGGGCUCGGACUCCGGCUCGCAGGCGUCCCCGGCCGGGCUCUCCGCGGGGAAGUGCGGCAGCCCGGGCGCGAGGCACCGCGGCUUUCUGGCCGCCCCGGGCGCCCUCGCGUCGGACUGCCCCGGCGCGCACCCCGCCGGCCUGGACGGCAGCCGGCUCAGCCCCGACGUGCGCGCGGUGGCCGAAAGCCGGGGCGACGAGGCGGACGACGAGCGCAGCGAGCGCGUGAGCGAGGGCCGCCCGGUGGAGACGGACAGCGAGACGGACUUCCCCGUGUUCCCGGGCGCGCUGGCGUCCGAGCGGCUGCUGCGGGGUGCGCUGCAGGACGCCGGCAAGGCGGGCCGCCGCAACUCGGAGGGCAGCGAGCUCAGCGGCACCGAGGGGAGCCUGACGCCCAGCCUGGACAGCCGGAGGCCGCUCUUCAGCUCCCACAAGCUCAUCGAGUGCGACACCCUGUCCAGGAGGAAGUCGGCCCGCUUCAAGUCCGACAGCGGCGGCCUGGGGGACGCCAGGGGCGACCGGGACAGCCCGGCCAUCAGCAGAGUGUUCGACGUCAUGAAGAAAGGCAAGUCCACGGGGAGCCUGCUGCCGCCCACCAGGAGCGAGUCGGAGAAGCAGGAGCCCACCUGGAAGACGAAAAUCGCGGACCGGUUAAAACUCAGGCCCCGGGCGCCGGCCGACGACAUGUUCGGCGUAGGAAGCCAGAAAGCCGGCGCCGAGGCCGCCAAGCGCAAGAACAUCAAGCGGCGGCACACGCUCGGGGGCCACCGCGACGCGGCCGAGCUCAGCGUGCUCAGCUUCUGGAAGGCGCACGAGCAGGCGGCGGACAGGGACGCCGAGCUCUCCGCCGUCCACCGGCUGAAGCCCAAGUGCUCCGCCCAGGACCUGUCCAUCUCCGACUGGCUGGCCCGGGAGCGCCUGCGCACCAGCGCCUCCGACCUCAGCGGGGCGGACGCGGGGGACCCGGCGCCCGACGGCGGUGCCCGCGUGGUCGACGGGGCCGCGCCCGACGCGCCUCCGAGUUCGCAGCCCGCCGCGGGCGCUUCUCCGGGUCCCUCGGCUCCGGCCCCCAGGCCCCUUCUUUCCAGGCCGCCACGGUCACCCGACCAGAUCAACGGAGAAAGCGUCCAGAACAUGAGCCAAAAUGCUAGUUCGGCAGCAUAUAAUGCCCAGCCUCAGAAACUGGCCGAAACCCCAGGCAGUGGAGCACAGUCUCGUCCCUGUCUUUGAUCUGGGGCAUGUCCACUAUAGCAACUGAAAAGCUACUGUUACACGUUCCAGUAACUCUGUAAAUAUUUUCUUGUACCAGAAUUGUUAUUAUGCAGCCUUCAUUUGGGCUGGUUUCAGCAUUUUGCACUGUGGAAUAACUUUACAGUGCAUUACUACAGCCAGAAGAACAUAUGUGUGUGUGUGUG